CUGGAAAUUUCGAGAUGUGAGACGAACAGGAGAAACACGUUUUUUAAUUGCAAAGGAGAGAGUGAGUAUAAGUGAAGAAAUGUGUAUGAAUACAUUUAGAUCUUCUCUCUUUUCUUUUUCUUUUUAUCCUUUCAAAUAAUCAAUGUUGGCACCUACAGAUUUACCUGCUUCACCUACCUCGUUGAAUAACAAAGUCAUUUUUGAAUAUAACGAUGACAUGGGUGACGAUGAUGUUUCAUCGGUCUCUUACAGGGCUUUACCCACGGGCAGUGAUACCAGCAGCAUAUUUGAUGACCACAAUGAAACCAAGGUGGUUUUACCCGCCAUGGAAAUAGUCAUACGAAACCUGGGUUUAAUCCAACAACAACAGCAGCAGCAGCAGCAGCAGCAUCAGAGGACUGUCACAAAUCAUGUGAAAUCAGAUGAUGGCGCCAUUCACUCUUUGGAUAUGGAAACAAAUGCAUCAAGUAUCAGUCAGAUUGUCAAUAUCAAACACGUACCUAUCAACCAUCUAGGUCCUCGUGAACAAGAAGAAGCUGAUGAGCCUGUGAGAAAGGGUAUGAGGUACAUGUUCGACAAUAAAUUCACAAAGGCCAAAGCUCUCUUCCAAACCAAAUCAAAGAGUGAUCCGUUGUAUGCCUUGGGAUUGGGUGCCAUGACAUUUAUCAAAGCUAUGAUGACUUAUAAUGCGGACGACAUACAAUUAGCCAUGGAUACCCUGUCUACAACGUGUCAAAUUGCAAAAUGUCAAAUCGAUCCCGUUGGUAUCAAGAAGCCAUUUAAAAAUUCAUUUUCAUCCUAUCUUUCCAUCUUUGCAUCCAACCAAACCGGACUACCUUUAAACCCACCUGCAAUCACACACAUUGUAGGAGACGGCCCUCAAUAUAUACCUAACGGCGUUUUACGCGCCAACGUAGUGAAAGCUGAAUGCUGUUUAUUAAUGGGUAUGUUACAAAUGACCCAGGAGAGUGUGGUGGGCUAUCUUAAGUGUGGUCUUAAUUUGAGACGCGCUUAUAAUUGCUACACCAUUGUUUGGCAAGAAUAUAAACGCAUGGGACAGACUUACACAAGGCAUAUGGAUCGUGAUACGGUGUCGGCUGUUCAGUUUGGAAUCGGUACAGUACAUCUCUUACUAUCUUCUUUACCACCCAAGAUCCUGAAGAUAUUUUCAACCCUGGGGUUUAAAAGUGAUAAACAGUUGGGAUUUGCAUUGUUGAAGCUAUGUCUUGAAGGAAAAGGCAUUCGAUCCCCUUUAGCUUCCCUUGUACUACUGACCUAUUACUCCAUCUUGUCUGCCUUUGCACCUCAACUUUACGCAAAAGAACUGAUGGGUCCAGCUGUAGAAUGCUUACUCGAUGCACAAAAGAAACACCCUAGUUCAUGCUUCUUCUUGUUUUACGCAGGUCGUAUUUCACGUAUUGCACGCAAUUUGCCAUUAUCUACACAAUCGUUUACAUUUGCUGUAGACUCUAGUAAAAAUGAAUGGGCAGAAACCGCCAUGACGCAGAUGGGCAACUAUGAAAUGGGUUUUAAUUCAGCACUUGAACUUGACUGGAUAGCUGCUGAAGGAUACUUUCAAAAGCUAAGUCAAGAUAAAUAUUAUUGGUCACCAGCUUUUUGUCAAUACUUUAUUGGGGCAUGUCGUGGUAUGCUGGGUCAACGAACCGAAAGUAUUCUAGCGUUUGCAGAGGUGCCCAUCUUGGCAAAAGAACAAGCAAAGAGAUCUUACGUUGAUACAUACGUGCAACAAAAGGUGGAUUUCUUUCAGAGGAGCGGGUAUCAAGAUAUGGAAUUUAGUUUACCCGGAUUAGAAAUCUUGUUGGUUUGGAACAUGUUUGACCAAAUGUCAAGACCUGCUUUGGAAUGUUGUUUACUCAUUGUCCAGAGUACUCUGGAAUUGAUUUAUGAACGAGAGAGGCUAGAAUACAACAUCAGGUUAACGGAUUUGGUACCAAACACAAAUCCACCGGACUAUUAUGACCAGCGUGCCAUUUUGCUUUUGAUUAAAGCAUCCGUCUUGAACGCUCUGGAACGACACAGCGAUAGUAUUGCGCAUCUCAAUUGGAUCAUGGAUCAUAAGCAUCUAAUUAAAUCAGAGACAUGGAUUGUUCCUUUUACUUAUUGGGAGGCAGGUGUCACUAGUUGGGGUUUAGGUGAUUUAGCAAAGAGCCGUAAACUUUGGGAGUCGGCAUUAUCCUGCACGAAGUACCCCUUUGAAUACCGUAUGGCUGUCAGGCUUAGUUUAGCACUAAGUAAAUGCGAUGAGGCAGGAGUGACAUUAACUAAUACAAAGAAACAAACAGGCAUAUCUACCAACGGUCGAAAAAGAAUGCCCAUUGCCCCCUUAAAAUAACUUAUAAAAAAAAUAUAGAUUGUUAUUUUGGGUCUCCGCGAUAAAAUCAAAGGGC